AUGCACUUCAAUGUCAAACCCGACACGUGGGCAGGAAAAAGGAGAGAGACAAUUGAUGCCUCUAACGACCUUUUAAUCAUCUGCAGACUUCACGACUCCACCGCGCAGGGAACAUUCCCCUCAAUCAAGUUUAUAGGCGCUUUUUGGGAAACUGGUACUGUACGCCGCAUAAAUCAGUAUCUACCCCUACAAGCCAUCGACCCUGGAUGUCCUUUUGAACAUCCGACGGAUCUUCUACGACGAUUUCCCCGACUUCGAGUUCUGUACAUCAUCGUCAAGCCCCAAGAUAUCAUCAUCAAGCCAAGGAGGGUCACCGGCGUUACGACGAACUACUAUAGGGAUUACAUACAAACUGAAAAUCAGGUCCCUCCCAAGACAUUCAAUGCGCGACAGAGAAUCUACUACGAAGUGCCCGGAGCAAUCGUCAAAAAGUACGCAACGGGCGUGGAAUGGGUCUACUCAAAGAUGAAGCAGGCUUCUAUUGCGUCGCGAACGGGCAGAGAUUUGCCCCCGCUUGUUAUCCGGGUUAUGACGUGGAAAAAUGCUCCAGGAGUUCGAGGGCGUUUCGAUCGCGACUAA